UUAAGGCCAUAAUUUUUGUUUUUCACAGGCAUAACCCUUCUAUUCUAGGCCUAAUGAUAAAACUUUGAAUAAGUUAGUAUCAACAUAAAAACAAUACUGUAACAAACUUCUAAGCCAUUGCAUAAUUUUUUGUCCUGCAGAUUGAUCCUGUAACACUUGGACCUCAUUUUCCAGUUACCCUGCAAUGGAACUUGUUGUAGCUUAUCUGCAUGAUCGAGCUUUACGACGUGAACGAAGGUAUCGGGACCCUUUGGAUCCCAUAAAUAUAAGCGAUGAAAAUCUAAUUAGAUAUUAUAGGUUUCCUCGAUGUGAAAUUCUAAGACUGUGUGAAGAGUUAGAUCCAUUUUUAAGGCGUAGAACGAGAAGAUCUCAUGCUGUUCCCAUACACACGCAAGUGUUAGUUGCUUUAAGAUUUUACGCCAGUGGAACCUUUCAACAUGUACUUGGUGAUACAGUUGGUCUUACCCAAGCUAGUGUCAGUAGAAUUAUUAGAGAUGUGACCCAAAUUCUCACAGAAAGGGCAAGAUUUGAAAUAAAGAUGCCAACAGGUAAUGUACAAAUAGCAAGAACUGUGCAAGGUUUUGCCAGAAUAAGAAACCUUCCAAGAGUCAUUGGUGCAAUUGAUGGAACACACAUACCCAUAAAAGCCCCAAUUGAAAAUGAAGGAACAUAUGUAAACAGGAAGCGAUACCACUCUCUCAAUGUACAAGUAGUAUGUAAUGCCGAUGGGUUGAUCACAAACUACAGCACCAAGUAUCCAGGUUGUAAACAUGACGCCUUCAUCUGGGCCAACUGCUUACUUCGCCGUCGCUUUGAGGCUGGUGAUUUUGGUGAUAAUUAUUUGAUUGGUGACAGUGGGUACCCAUUAGAGGCAUUCCUCAUGACACCAUUCAGAAACCCCUCAACCCCUGGAGAAGUUAGGUAUAACAACAGCCAUACCAAAACCCGCGUAGUUGUAGUGCAAACUUUUGGUGUCCUAAAAUCACGAUUUAGAUGCCUUCACCGUUCUGGUGGAUCACUUCAAUACGAUCCUUCCAAAUGUGCCAAAAUUGUAAAUGCAUGUUUCCUUCUUCACAAUUAUUGUUUAAUGAGAAGGGUACCACUUCCCCACGACAUGGUCGACGAUGAUGGAGAGAGUGACAAUCCAGCUGUAGCAGGGACAGGCCAAGCAGUCAGAGCCAAUGUAGUCCGUAAUUGGUUUACUUGAUGAAUUAAAAUCAAAUAUCAAUUCACCAAUACAUUUUUCCUCUAUGUUUAAAUAGUAUUUUUUAGUGCAGUAUACAGAGGUAAUGCGAAUAAAGCGUACAUUGAUUUAACUUUUAUUUUCAAUAUACUGUACAUAAUAAAAUAAACUUCUUUAUAGAAAUUAAA